AUGUCCUGCCAGCAGAACCAGCAGCAGUGCCAGCCACCCAAGUGCCCCUCACCCAAGUGUCCCCCAAAGAGCCCAGCUCAGUGCCUGCCUCCAGCCUCCUCCUGCUGUGCUGCUCCAAGCCCUGGGGGCUGCGGUGGCCCCAGCUCUGAGGGCAGCUGCUGCCUGAGCCACCACAGGCACCACAGGUCCCAUUGAUGCCGGCGCCAGCGAUCCAACUCCUGUGACAAGGGCAGUGGUCAGCAAGAUGGGGCCUCCAGCUGUGGCUAUGGCUCUGGGGGCUGCUGCUGACCUAAUUCCUGAUGCGGAGACAAGCGACUUUAGCGGAAACAAGCAUCUGAAGGACCAAGGAAAAGCCCCAACUUGGUGGAUCCUUUCUUAGACAUCCUAAUUAAUCAUU